AUGUCAAAGUAUAGCAAUUUGAAUUUGAACAGUGCUGAAUUGGACGGCCUAUAUGUUAUGAUUGAGGGCAAGUUACAUCCUAGGAGUGACUUACACUUAAGAGAGGGUGUUGAGAAUCAAGAUAUAAUUAUAAGCCACUUGACGGUAUCACGUGUUAGCAUACACUCGUGCAAAGCACAAUCUUGUAGAAUUACCGAAUUAAUGACCUACUAUCCGACCUGA